UUAGCGAAACGUAGUCAUUCGCAUACACUGACACACCGGAUGGAUGGCGAUACUUACAUGCAUGGAUAACAUAGUGGAUGGUGUCAACCGCCGAGUCAGCAGAUUUAUAUUAUAAAAAGGUAGUGACCGCGUGGCUCGUUCUCUUUUUUCCUGAAGGCGUCUGAUCAACUACCGGUGGUAGAGUUGAAGAAGUUCCUGCCGAACUUAAGUGGUGUCAGAAGUGGGAUCGUGAAGGUGUUAAAAUAGAGGAAACAGUCCCGCCGCACGAUCGAGAAAACCCGGAUGCAGACUUCAAGACUACUAUGUUUCCUAUUCUGGACAUCUACAGCUUGGACAGACAUCCGCAUUUACGACCUGACUAAUAAUCCCAUAGCAAUCAUACCUCUCGGACAGGCCAGGAUUAGUAACAGUUAUAUCAGAGUAAUUCAUCCCGUAAAUUUAACAGCCAUAAAAGAUGCUAUAGAUUUGUUUGACUAUGUAACUAAAAAUUCUGAUUUAAAUAAUUCACUUUUCGAUCAAGUUAUUAGAAAAAAGAUAAAUAAAAUACACUUAACGUUCAACAGAAUUGUACCUCAAAACAGAUUCAAGAGAUGGGAAUCACUCGGUAGGGCGUGGAAAUACGUAUCAGGCAGUCCUGAUGCGGACGAUUUGAAAGUCAUUAACUCAACAAUCAAUUCUUUAGUAACUGAAAAUAAUAAUCAAAUACACAUUAAUAAUGUAUUCGAGAAAAGAAUGAGAAACCUUACAAGAACAUUCAAUCUUCUGAUAGAUAACGAGCAAAAAUUAGAAAAUGUUACAUUUAAAAGCUUCGAUUCACUUAAUUUUGUAUUCGAACUUGAUGAACUAUUGUAUUACCUAGAAGUUGUCGAGGAAUCCAUUACAUUGGCGAGAAGCAGCAUCCCAAACAGUCGCAUCAUUCACGAACGGGAACUGGAAGCCAUACAAAGAAUCCUCAACGGCAAUGGCUUUGGACUUGACUCGGUUGACAGUAUUUUGAACAUCGCCAGUGCUUACGUAAUGUUCAACAAAGACACAUUCAUAUACAUACUGAAAAUACCCAGAAUCAAAAACGUACCGUACACACUCAGCUUCGUUGAACCAGUAAUUGCAGAAGGUUACCGCAUUCAUUUACCAAAACCAUUUUACCUGAAAGGGAAAACUUCAUUCAUCUCACAAAGCCCAUGUUCUAAGUUAAAAGCUCUCUUCGUGUGUUCCAAUACCAAUUUAGAACCACUCACAGAAUGUAUGCAACAACUAAUCUCCGGAGAGACAGCUGAUUGCCCCAUGGAACGAAUCUAUGGAGAUAAAACUAUACGAAAAGUUAACGAUGGCAAUAUUGUUAUUCACGGAGACAACAUCACCCUGAGGUCCAACUGUUCAACCACCCGAUUCCUUAGUGGAUCAUACCUCAUUCAGCAUUCAAACUGUAUGUUAAACCUGGACGAUGAGGAGUACACAAGUACUAACCUGGAAAUACAACCGUUCACACCGGUUACCACAAUCAAGGUAAAUCCGACCAAUGUGAUAAACCAUAUCCCGUUGGAACAUUUACAGGAACUACAUUUAGAGCAUCGGAACCAAAUAGAUCACCUCAACCUAACAACGGAAAAUAUACAUUGGAAACUAAACAUCUUUGGGUGGAUAGUUUCCGCUUCAGCAACAACGUUACUGGUCUUCAUACUGGGUACAAUCAUAACCAUAGUCUUCAAGCUUUUCAUUUUCAAAACAGUCUUUGCACCGAACAUGCGAGAAGGAACCAAGGAAAAUAGCAGUUCAACCGAGGCGCAUCCUGAGUCGAGAAGCAUACCGCUUAUCCCGCAGCAAUAGAGGAAGCCGAGGACGGCUUCUAACUAGAAGGGGAGCCGUUAGCGAAACGUAGUCAUUCGCAUACACUGACACACCGGAUGGAUGGCGAUACUUACAUGCAUGGAUAACAUAGUGGAUGGUGUCAACCGCCGAGUCAGCAGAUUUAUAUUAUAAAAAGGUAGUGACCGCGUGGCUCGUUCUCUUUUUUCCUGAAGGCGUCUGAUCAACUACCGGUGGUAGAGGUAUAGUGUAGUGAAUAAAGUGGUUGUAAAUUAGAAUUAAAGUUUUUAAAAAGUUGAAGAAGU